AUGAAUGACCAUGUGUGUAGAAGGUUCCUUUUUGUAAGGAGUUGGUUUCCCGAUAAAUUAGACAAAAACAAAAAUUAUCAAUUUAUUAGUGAUGAACAUUUCAAAAAGUAUUGUACUAGUAAUAGGUGUAUUGGUGAUCUUGAAAAAAUUAAUGCUGGAUGUUUAUAUUUGUUUAAAGAAUUAUUUGGGAGUUUUGAUUUGUUUAAGUAUCAUAAUAACAUUAAUAUUGUUGAUUACAUUAUCAUAUGGUUAAGUUAUAUGUUAAAUCUAAAGGAACAAGCAGGAAAUAAGAGCAAUCUACAAUACUUUUAUAAAACAUAUAUAAAUAAUGAUAUGUAUACUAAUACUAUAGGCGGUGUUGAGGGGUAUACUAGUUACAAGGAUCUUAUAGAUAAAAAAUUUUAUUUUUUAAGUAUGGAUAAGAGUAUUAUAUCUAAAUUAUAUGAUGCAUUUAAAUUACUAUGUAAUAUGUAUACUGAGUUUGAUGCAACCAACCCAACAAAUAAGAAUUAUUUAGAUUGUGCUAAAAAAUUUGUUAAAAAAUAUCAAGAACUUAAUGGAAAUUCUAAUAUUACUGGAAACAGCUCAUAUAAUAAAUUAUUGUCUACACUAUCAAAUGAUUAUGAUAAUUUUAAAAAGAAAUGUAGUGGCGCUAAUUGUACAAAUCUUCCACCCCUUGCAACGAUAGAAGAAAUAAAAACUUCAGAACAAAGUUCUGCAUAUAAUCCUGCACAUAGUUCUGCACAAAUUCCUGCACAUAGUUCUUCACAAAGUUCUGAACAAUUUUCUGGACAUAUUUCGGAAGAUCCAUCAUCAAGUUCGUCGAUAGGAAACAAAUUAUUUACAGUUUUAUCGAUAUUUGGUGCAAUAGCGUUUUUUUUAGGAAUUUCUUAUAAGUAUUCGUUAUUUAGAUUUCGGAAACGAGCUCAAAAACAAUAUUUAAGAGAAAAAAUAAAAAAUAUAAAGAAGAGAAUGAAUCAUUAA